AUGUUCUGGAGCCGGAUUGCCGGCGUCGGCGGGCGGUGGCUCCCUUCCGCAGUGGUCCGCCAUCACCUCUCCGUCGCCGGUGCGCCGCCGGCCCGAUGCUAUGGCCUGAUUCCCAUGGUGAUCGAGCACACCUCCCGGGGAGAGCGCGCCUACGACAUCUUCUCCCGCCUCCUCAAGGAACGAAUCGUCUGCAUCAAUGGCCCCAUCUCCGACGACACCGCCGCCGUGGUGGUGGCGCAGCUCCUCUUCCUGGAGUCCGAGAACCCUUCUAAGCCGGUCCACGUCUACAUCAACUCCCCCGGCGGCGUCGUCACCGCCGGCCUCGCAAUAUACGACACCAUCCAGUACAUCCGAUCGCCGGUGACUACGCUCUGCAUCGGCCAGGCAGCUUCCAUGGGGUCCCUGCUCCUCACCGCCGGGGCCCCCGGCGAGCGCCGCGCGCUGCCGAACUCCCGAGUGAUGAUCCACCAGCCGUCCGGCGGAGCCAGCGGGCAGGCGAGCGACAUCGCGAUCCACGCCAAGGAGAUUCUCAAGGUCAGGGAGAGGCUCAACUCGAUCUACGCCAAGCACACGGGGCAGGAGAUCGAGCGGAUCGAGCAGUCCAUGGAGCGAGACAUGUUCAUGUCGCCGGAUGAGGCCAAGGAGUUCGGACUCAUCGACGAGGUCAUCGAGCACCGCCCCAUAGCAUUGGUCUCGGAUGCCGUAGAACGCAGUGAGGCCACCUCCUCCGGCGGAAACGGAGGGAUCGGGAAGAGCGCGAACGAAGAAAAAGACGAGACACCGGCAUAA